UUCCUCACAUACACAGUAGCCGAUGUUCCCUUCACUGUCUCUCAUCUCGUGAUUCUCUCCACGGAUUUAACGAGCAACGACAUUUCCAACGGCAUUUAACCGCACGGGUGUAAACUUCGAUCUAGCUUUCGCUUGUCGAAAUCACGGGUCGAAAUAUUUGAGCACGUUCACUUUUAGGUUAGAAAUAAACUGUGUCGAGUUCACGUCGAGUUAACUAAACUGUCUGCAAAGUUUCCGAUUUGGCAUCAACGCGAGGAUAUUUUCGGUUCACAAUUUUUUCACUAUAUUUCAAGUCAUUCAGAAAUUAGUGGAUUUGCAAAAUUGAAGGCUGAAUUUGGCGGACAUAAACUAACCUUAGUGUUAAACAAGGUGCUCGUGACUGGCCGCGUCAAAAAUUGUGUAAACACUUUUUUAAUCCAUUAAGCAACUCUCCGCAACUGAAUUUACAAAAUGGGAAAGAAUAAGAAAACGCGUAAGGUUGUGAUGCAAAGAUUCGCACAAAUGAAAAAAAUGAUCAGCCCAAGCGACUCCAGGAUAAAAUUAGAACAGCGAGCGCUGCCACGAAAAAAGAAACCUGAAGAUCUAACGGAGAUGAAAAUCAAAGAAGCCCCCCAACAAUCAUCGGCAUUGUUUUUCCAAUAUAAUACGCAACUUGGUCCACCGUAUCACAUUUUAAUUGAUACGAAUUUCAUCAACUUUUCCAUAAAAAAUAAACUUGAUAUAGUGCAAAAUAUGAUGGACUGCCUAUAUGCAAAAUGUAUACCGUACAUAACAGACUGUGUUUUGGCAGAAUUGGAAAAACUUGGAGCAAAGUACAAAAUAGCAUUAAAGAUAAUCAAGGAUCCUAGAUUUGAAAGAGUACAUUGUAUGCAUAAAGGAACAUAUGCGGAUGACUGUCUUGUUAACAGAGUUACACAGCACAAAUGUUACAUUGUUGCGACCAACGAUAAGGACCUGAAAAGAAGAAUUCGGAAAAUUCCUGGGGUUCCGAUAAUGUACGUUUCUCAACAUCGUUACACGAUCGAAAGGAUGCCUGAUGCGUAUGGAGCUCCUAAAACAUAGACAAUAGAUAAUCAUAACAAUUUUUUUUAAACGUUGCUGUCGUUCAUGUUUUAUAAUAAAAUAUUACUGCCACUGAAA